AGACGAGUCCAAAUUUUACAUGAAACGACAGCGAUACGGAACGAAUGGGAAAUGUAAAAAUACCAAAAUAUAUAUAAUAAUAAUAAUAAUAAUAAUAAUAAUAAUGGUAAUGGUGUCACAGCCGUCAGCGACACGUCAGCCUCCACACUGACUCGUCCGGAACAUAAAGACGGAGACACAAGUGCAAGUAGAGAAAAUGGCUUCUAUUUACGAACAGGCCCCGGUUGCUGUCGGUUCCAAACCCGGUGGGAUGGCUUCAGUCCAGACUCUCCGGCAGUUCGUCAACGAUCGUCUGGCCGCUGCUGCUCGAGAGAUCUUUGGAGUGUUCGAGCAGACCGUGUCCGAGUUGGAGGAAGAGGUGGGCCGCCAGCGGAAGCUGCUGGACGUGCUGCUGAAACCUGCGGUUCUUCUGCAGAAGAGAGAUGCCCAACAGCCACUGGUGGCUAAAGAUGAUGUUCAACCUGAGCAACUGCAGUGGAGCUCCAGUCUGUUCCCGCUGGAACCAGGCAUUCCACAUGAUGCCGUUCAAAAGGAGGAAGAUGUGCCUGAGUUGCCAUUCAGUCUUGUGUAUGUAAAGCGUGAAUAUGAUGAGGAUGAACCUCAGUCCUCACAGCUUCUUCAAAGACAGGAGGAGCCUCCAACAAGCAGCUCGGCCAAAGACAUGAAAACAGAAGCUGAUGGAGAAGACUCUGAAGGACCUGUACCAGCCAGCUACUUGGCGCCACUUCUGCACUCAGACCACCUGAGGUCACUAUCCCCGAAUUCUGACACAGAUGAUGGAGAAGAGUGGAAAGAAAUAACAACUACGCAGACAGAUUCGAACUGUGAGGAAAAUAUAGACGUUAAUCAGAGGAGGGAUGUUGAUAAGUGUCUGACCUGCACUGGAUGUGGGAGAAGUUGUUCUUCAUGGUCUGGACUGACACGGCACAAACAGAACUGCACCGGGGAAAAAACGUUUUCUUGUUCAUUCUGUGUGAAAUGUUUCACCAAGAAAAGGACUCUGUUAAAACACCUUUCGAUUCACACAGGAGAGAAACCUUUUGGCUGCUCGGUGUGUGGAAAGUCUUUUACUCAAAAGGGAAACCUGAAGACUCACAUGAGAAUUCACACCGGAGAGAAGCCAUUUUGCUGCACGGUGUGUGGAAAGUGUUUCAGUGAGAGUGGAAACCUCAAGAUGCACAUGAGAAUUCACACUGGGGAAAAGCCCUUCUGCUGCUCGGUGUGUGGAAAAUGCUUCAAUCAGGCCACACUCCUGAAGACCCACAUGAGGAGACACACAGGGGAGAAACCCUUCAGCUGUUCGGUGUGUGGAAAGUGUUUUAGUGAGAGUGGAAACCUCAACAUUCACAUGAGAACGCACACAGGGGAGAAACCCUUUGGCUGUUCCGUGUGCGGUAAAUGUUUUAAGCAGAAAAGUAGUCUUAACACACACAUGAAGGUUCACCUGAUGAAUCAGUGAGUGAACCAUCCUGAACGAUCUAAGAAGUCUCUCAAGAGAAACCGUGCUACACUCUCACUUUAGUCCAUGUGUACCCAUGACUUUUGUGAACUUCAGCUUUGAGAGUGCACAAUUGUAUUGACAUUUUGGCUACACUUACGCCUUUGAUCGAUAUUUAUUGAUUGUGUUCUGUGAACCAAACAUGUUUUAUUUCAGUCCUUACCUGGUGUACCUUUUAGGGGUUGUGGGAAAGAUCAAGUGCCUGUUAUCCGGAGUCCACAUGAGAAUGCCUUAAGACAGCCGCCCCCCCAACCUUUUUUGUGUCAAUAUCAUGAUCAAGAAAUGAUGAGCAGCAUUUUUGGUCGUUUUACUUCAGAUUUUUUUGUGUGAAUACCAAAUCUCAAGGUCAUCAUGUUGCCAAUGGUUUGUCACAACUGCCUCAAUGCUGUUGGCUUCAUCUGGUGCAUGCAGGUCUGCACUGACUGAGACUGAGACCAAGAUGCUUUCCACUGGUGUUCUGCACGGCAGCCCAAAACAGCUCCACUAAAUACACAUCUUCGCCAGCACUCUACCGCUGUGUCACUUUGAAAAGAUCCUGCUUUCUCUGCUUCUGGAUGUGUUUUUUUUUUCAUUUGUGUGUUGCAACAAAUGCGCUUUUUCUGUCAUUCAUUUUCGUCAGCAUGAAACAUGAUUUGUCAUUGCGUUACCAGUUACCGUCUGAUUCUUCUUACUCUAGCCCUGGUGACCAGCUAUUUGAUUGGUUAAGCCCUGUGUUUCAUGCACAGUGUUUUUACUGUAGCAGUAUUUGAGCAUUUCGGUGUCCAUAUUGUUAUUGUGUGAUUUUUGCACCAUAAAUCAGAGAACCUGUCUACUGUGUGGCUCCUGGGUGAAACCCUCCGCCUGAAGGCCUGAAAUCAAGACUUUAAGGUGACUCAGUAUCUCUGGAAGCAUUAGAACUGGAGCAUCACCUGAUGCCUGUGAGAAACUACAUACUUUGGUAUAACCAGUCUCGGCCUCUCUUCCGCUGGGCCUGUGUGUUUGCAGCCUCAGCUGUCAGCCAGGCUGCCCCUGUUCUCAGGGUUCGUCUGUAGGAUUCUACUGUACCAUGGUGUCUGAAAAGUGCUUUGUUUUCACUUGUUUCUUUGCAACUUCUGCAUAUUUUCAAAUGAGUGUUUUUUGCUGUCAUUACUGUGCAGACAUACAAAUGAAAGUCUCAGUUCUUUUUCUUCUUUCUCACAUUGGUAAUCAAGUCUUGGAAUUUCAAAUGAAAAUGUUUUCAAACACAACAAGAGAUGCUAAUUGUAAGCAGCUAGCUUCUUUAAACAACCAACUCCACCGCUGAUACUCCAGGUAGAGAAAAACUGGACUAAAAGAAAAAUGUUGACUGUUUUCUUUGACUGACCUGCUGUCCAGAUGUCCCCCGCCUACUGACCCUCUGCUUGUAUUUUGGUUGAACAGCUGACAUUUGAGUGAGGGAACCUGGAGGCCUCAUGUCUGAUGAACAGGCUGUUAAAAACACCAACACAAAUUUCCUAUACAUUUCUGUACAAAAAAACUUACUUUCAUGUGUAAUGUUUUUCCUUGUAUGGACUGUCACGUUUCAUUUAGCUGCCUGAAGUUUGACAUAAUGAUCAGGUGCUGUUCAGAAGGAACCAUCUGCUGUGAUUAAUGUUGGACAAUAGCAGAGCGUUAUGUUGUUCCCACCUGGCUGAGCGCGCCAUCGCAGUGAGUGCGACAGUGUUUGUGAGGACAAGAAUGUGAAGGAGUGAGGAGCCGGCCGACAUGGUUAGUUUUCCAGGGCAGACGAAUUGUUUGGUACCAUGGAGAACCUGAGGUCUCUAAUGCCAACAUGGUUUCUUUUUGCCUCUAAGCAUAGUUUAAGAAGCACUGGACUGGCUUCAGUGUGUCUCUCCUAAAUUGAUAUAAGGCACAAGAAUGUAGUGUGAUCUCUCCUUUCAGAUGGCCAUGUCAGUCCUCUGCUAUUUGAUGAGCUGCGUCUGACAGUUACCUGUUGCCACGUAAGUCAUUCCUCACGCCUCAAUGGAACGGUCGACAGCAGAGAAGACAGAUGUUGAACAGAUAAUCUAUUUAUUCAUGAACAUUUGUACGCCCACAUGACGGUGAUUCUCCUGACACUCAUGCUCUUCCAGCCUGUCCUGACUGCGCUGACAGAGAAUGAAGAGUGGAAGACAGCAGCAGCAUAGCACAGACCACAGGGCUGAAGGACAACAUGGAGCUUGACUCUGGAUGGCACUUCAGAUCUCUCCACUCCUAGAGGGAGAAUAGUUUCUACGAGUGUGGACUCUCAUGUGUCUUGUCAGGUGUCCCCGCCAAGUAAAACACUUUCCACAAACAGAACAAGCAAACGGUUUCUCUCCUGUGUGUAUUUUCAUAUGUUUCUUCAGGUAGCUGGUUAAGCUAAAACACUUCCUGCACUCUGGGCAGGAGAUUGUCUUUUCCCCCGUGUGGACUGUCAUAUGAAACUUCAGGUGGUUGCCACAUCGAAAUGUUUUGCCACAUUCAGAGCAGAAGAAAGGUUUCUCUCCUGUGUGGAUUCUCAUGUGGUCUUUCACGUGCUUUUGCUGACUAAAACAUUUACCACAUUCAGAGCAAGUGAAAGGUCUCUCUCCAGAGUGACUUCGCAUGUGAAUCUUAAU